CAUACGCGUGAACAGGCAGACAGACACGCAGAGAGAGAGAGAGAGAGAUUGGCAUGUGUGUGAGUGUGUGUGUGUGUUUGUCGAGUCGCCCGACGAUGGACAUGAAGAUCGCCGAGGACGUCAAGCGGCAGAGCACUCUCAGAAUCGUCACACGAGAGGGAGACCCCAACAGCCUCACCGUAAGUGACCAAACCACAGACACCACCACACACACACAGCCCUCUGUGUCUGUGUGUGUGUGUGUGUCUGUGCAAUGGGUUGAUAGGAUUUGGACAAGGCAGCAGCCGGUGCGGCCAAGAACGUGUUGGUGCUGAGGGACACUGCGGCCGCCAAGGGGGCUGAGCAGACUGGCGGGGCGUCUGCCGUCCGCCGCCAGACGGCCGUACUCGCCGCUGUACGCGACAGACAGAGCAACGACCUGCCGUCGUCAAGGGCAGCAAAACACCCGCCGACCGUCGUGGUCAGUCGACAGACACACCGAGAGAGAGAGAGAGUGGGUUGUGUGUGUCCAUCUAUCUCUGUGCUCGGGGUGUGUGCUGUGCUGUGCUGUGGUGUGCCGCAGGUGUCUGUGCCUGAGGCGGCAUUGGAGCAGCACCCCGGUGCGUCUGCGGCCGGCCGUUUCGCAUCGCUGGCUGAGGUGGACACGGACGGCUUUGUCGAUCGGCUGCUCGCACAGUGUGUCGUGCAGCCCGGACUCAGCACGGUCCGUCACCGACAACCUUACAUACACAUCCAUCCAUCCAUGUGUGUGUGUGUGUCCAUCUGCUGCCUCUCUGUCUGUGUGUCAGGUGUACGCCGAGUUGUUCCACCAGGAGGGCAGUGAGUUCUACAUCGAGGCGGCCAGAAUGUACGCUGGCGUGCAGGGCAAGACCUUCGGACAGGCGUGGAAACACUUCCCAAGGGUAUACCACACACACACACACACGAUGCUUGAACGACUGACAAGAGGCCAUCUGUUGGUGCGUGUGUGUGUGUGCAGGCGUCAUUGUGUGGUCUGGUCAAGGACGGCGAGUUGAUGCUGUCGCCGCCCAUCAGUGUGAUGAUCGGCCCCAACGACCAGCUCAUCUUUGUCGCCACGGACGUACAAACACACACACACACACACAUCCAUCCAUCCAUCUGUGUGUGGGAGCGCAGAAAACCAAUUUGCGCUACUCCCGCUCUGCCGUCGGCACACAUGAGGUGUCUGACGUCAGGAGGAGCCGGAGGGCCACACAGGCCGAAAUGCAGAAGGCAUAUCCGAGAAAAGUGCUCAUCCUCAACACGGCAAAGGCCGACCUGACCACGGACGCGUAAGCCAACAGAUACACCACACACACAGAGAGAGAGAGCACAGAGAGACAGAGAGAGAGAGAGUGUGUGUGUGUGUGUGUGUCUGCCAUUGGGUAUGUGUGUGUGGGCGGUUUGGCUGCAGUAGGAGCUCAGAGCAGACGGCGAGUCUGUUGCGUCAUCUCGACGAGUGGGCGGCGACUUUCACCAAACCGCUCGACGUCACUCUGGUCACACCAGCACCCCUCAAACAGUAAGGGACCUAAGCCAAUUCACCUCUCAACACACACAGGUACCCACCUGUGUGUGCGUGUGUUAUGUGUUCAGGCGUGUGGGUCAGCUGCACGUCAAGGCGUUCCCCCGGUCCACCACGUGCCGCCGGUUCGGCAACCUGCGCAUCAGGACGGUCGUCAAGGACCCCUCCACCCCCAAGACACUCAAAAGCGUCAAGGUGGCCAGCCAUCAGAUGGCCAUUCCAUCCAUCCAUCCAUCCACUGUGUCUGUGCAGGCUGAGGACGCCGACGUGGCAUUGCUCGUGCAUCUCGACGGCAGCUCCGUCAGGUCAAGGAGCGACGUCAACACACAGCAAGAGGUCAGAUGAGCUGUGAGGACACAAAGCCAUCCUCUCGCUCUGUGGAUGGAUGGAAGGAUGUGACUGUGGCUGUGGCUGGUUGAUGUGUUGAUGCAGCGUGACGCUGAGAUACUGGGGAUGCGGCUGCUGCUCGAGUCGCACAUGAAAGACGUCAACAAACCUAUGCCCAGGCACUGAGACACACACACACACACAUCAAUGGCACACGCCAUCGCCCCAUCCCUCCCUCUCUCCCUCGAUGAAUCAGAGUGGUGACGCACCUCAGCCAGGCCUCGAGCGUGCAGUACCUGCCCGCCAAGGCCGCCCCCCGCCCCUGGCGGCUCCUUUAUCAGUCCCGCCGGCUGGCAUCGUCUCCCACUUUGAUGCUGAGGGCCACGAGGGGCAAGCUGCAGGGCGUCGAUGUGAUAGUGCCGGCAGAGCUCGAGAGCGGCGUCCUCGUCCAGAUACUCAUGCAGCCGGAGCUGCAACACAUCUACACGGUCCGUUCGAGUGUGAGUGCACUAGAUUAGAGGGAGAGGCGCAUCUCUCUCUCUCUCUCUCUGUGUGUGUGUGUGUGUGUGUGGUUGAGCAGGAGUUGCUGCAGCCGUCCGGCAAGGAGAUCUGUGUGGCCGUGUGUUUGGACCAAGUCACCGGCAGUGCAAGUUGCAGCGGCUGCCGGCGCCAUCGUCAGGGCAAUGUGACGAUGACGGGCCGACCUGUCAGGGCAAUGCUAUCAGCGCUUCGACGACAUUCCAAGAGGCGCCAGGCGAGGCACCAGCCUGACGUUGCGGCGCAGCCGACCAUGCCCUCGCGCAGCACCAACAUCAACAGCACCCCAAGGGCCAUUUGAGGUGUGUAUACGGCAGGUGCAAAUGGGCUGUCUUCCCGGCGGGAAGACAGGCUGAGUCCGUCCGUACGUCUCCUGUACAACGACUGCAUGGGC